ACAAUCUAUAUGAAAAAAAAAAAAAAAAAAAAAACCUCAUAAAAACCUUGGGAUCGGUGUUCAUGUCGGUCACGCGUUCGUCUCCAGCGCUACUAUUCGACCGUCGCAGCAGUUGAUCCGUUCCCUUCUGUCCGCGUGCACGUGCUCUCCUUCGCCCGACACCGUCCGUCUCGCGCAGUCUUCGCUUCUUCUCCGUUCGCCGCACCGUCAACGUCAUGCGUCUGGGCGCCGUCGUUCCAAACUUCUCGGCCGUAUCCACCAAAGGCCCUAUCAACUUCUACGAAUGGAUCGGCGAAUCGUGGUGUGUGCUGUUCUCACAUCCUGCCAACUUCACUCCGGUUUGCACUACCGAGCUGGGUAAAAUGGCUGUUUUGGUUGACGAGUUCAAAAAACGCAACGUUCAACUUUUGGGUUUGUCUUGUGAUGCGCUGGAAAGCCACGUCAAUUGGAUAAAUGAUAUCAAAUCAUAUUGUAUGGAUAUUAAAGGAGAUUUCCCAUAUCCCAUCAUCAGUGACAGUUCACGAGAGUUGGCUGUACAAUUGGAUAUGAUCUCUGAAGAAGACAAGGAUAAUCCUGAACAUGCCAUGACCAUAAGAUCUCUUUACAUUAUUGGACCGGAUAAGAAAGUUAAGCUCAUGAUGAUCUAUCCAACGAGCACUGGUCGUAAUAUUCAAGAGAUUUUACGUUGCAUUGAUUCCCUUCAAUUGUGUGAUAAAAAUAAAACUGUUGCUACUCCUGUAAAUUGGGUGCCUGGUGAAAAGGUGAUGAUCGUGCCAACAGUAAAAGAUGAAGACCUUGAUAAACUCUUUGAAAAUGGCUAUGAGAAAACAUCAGUGCCAUCAAAAAUAAGUUACUUAAGAACAACACUUGAUUACUAAAUAAGAUAAUACUGUAGAACUUAUUAUCUAAAUUUAUAUUUUUUGAAAAUGUUGAA